AUGUCGCCCCCUCCGGCCGCCAUCGACGAAGUCCCCUCCACCGCCCCGCCCAGCAACGGCGGCGUGACCGACGGCCCCAUGAAGCUCGAGGACAUCUACUCGCGCCGCAAGAAGACGGACAAGUCGCAAUGGGGCAUCGCCGCCCCCUCGAACAGCGAGAACUUCAAGGUCUACUCGCACAGCCACAAGCCCAAGGCCAAGAAGUGGGACAGUAAAUUCAGCACCGAGUCCCUCUCGCGCGUGCCCGCGCGGCUCAAGGGCGCCGCCGUCUACCUGGGGCGUCCCGGCAUGAUCUCGCUGGGCGGCGGCCUGCCCUCGUCCGAGUACUUCCCCUUCGACGAGCUCAGCUUCAAGACGCCCGGCGCGGGCCACUUCGACGACGCCGACAGCUCCGCGUGGGCCACGGUGACGUCGGGCAAGAACGACAUGGCGGCCGGCAGGUCCAACUACGACAUCGCCACCGCCUUCAACUACCACCAGGGCUCGGGCUCGGCCCAGCUGCUGCGCUGGGUCACCGAGCACACCGAGCUCGUCCACAACCCGCCCUACGCCGACUGGGCCGUGACGCAGACCGUCGGCAGCACCUCCGCGCUCGACAUGACGCUGCGCAUGCUGUCGCGGCCCGGCGACUACGUCGUGUCGGACGAGUACGCCUUCAGCAGCGCCAUGGACACGGCCGCGCCGCUGGGCGUCCGCUUCGCCGGCGUCAAGAUGGACGCCGAGGGCAUGCUGGCCGACGACCUCGACGCCGUCAUGACGCGCUGGGACCCGGCCGCCCGCGGCGGCGCCCGCAAGCCGCACAUCCUCUACCUCGUGCCCACCGGGCACAACCCGACGGGCGCGACGCAGAGCGCCCAGCGCCGCCGCGACGUCUACCGGGUCGCGCAGAAGCACGACAUGCUCAUCCUCGAGGACGAGCCCUACUACUUCCUGCAGAUGGACCAGUACGUCUCGGGCGGCGAGGCCGUCGAACCGCCCAAGUCGCACGAGGAGUUCCUGGCCGCCAUCGUGCCGUCGCUGCUGAGCAUGGACACGGACGGGCGCGUCAUCCGCUUCGACUCCUUCUCCAAGGUGGUCGCGCCGGGCAGCCGCGUGGGCUGGAUCACGGCCUCGGAGCAGAUUGUCGAGCGCUACUCCAAGCACGCCGACGUGUCGACGCAGGGCCCCAGCGGCAUGAGCCAGCUGCUGCUGUUCAAGCUGCUCGAGGAGCACUGGGGCCACCCGGGCUACGUCGACUGGCUGAUCCACAUCCGCAAGGAGUACACGCAGCGCCGCGACAUCAUCGUCGGCGCCUGCGAGAAGUACCUCCCGACCGAAAUCGUCAGCUGGAACCCGCCCAUGGCCGGCAUGUUUCACUGGAUGGAAGUCGACUGGCGCAAGCACCCGCACGCCUCGACCAAGAGCAUCACGGAGCUCGAGGAGGAAAUCUUCCUCGGCGCCGUCGACAAGGGCGCCCUCGUCAUCCGCGGCAGCUGGUUCUACGCCGAGCCCGACGCCGCCCACGACAAGAUGUUCUUCCGCGCCUCCUUCGCCGCCGCGCCGUCGGACAAGAUCCAGGAGGCCAUCCGCCGCUUCGGCGAGGCGCUCCGGGAGAGUUUCCAGCUGUAA